AUGAGUGGUACAAAAAUUAAUGUUUCUAUUUAUGCAAGUGAUGAAAAUAUGUUUGGAUAUCACACAUACUGGCAUGCAGAAAUGAGUAGGGAGGUGAUGUUGAUUGCUCAUGGUUCAGGGGAAGUGGGUAUCUUUGAUCAGAGAGAAGGGAAGUUAUCUUACAUGUACAAGUGUCAUUAUGGGACAGUGAGAACAGUACAAUGCCACCCAACAGUUGAAUAUUAUUUUGCCACAGGAUCAGGACAUGGGGAAGCACGAAUAUGGGACAUAAGAGAUAGUCAGAAAUUGACACCUGAGCCAGUUGUUGAUCUGAGACAUCCAAAAAUUUUGACAGGAUGCUUCUUCUCGCCAGCUGGAAAUUACUUGAUAACUACAUGUACCAAUGGCAGGCUUACAGUGUAUGACACAAGGAGUUUCAGAUCUCAGAUCCCAAAAGCUGUACUGAAUGCUCAUCACAGAAAAGGGCUUACAAAAGCGAAAUGGUAUCCCUUAUGUGAAGAUGUAUUUGUUGUUGGCAAACCAUCUCCUUAUAGACGAGCACUUAUGUAUGAUAUUCAUGGACAUUUAGUGCAUCAAUUCAUGGACCCAGAAAUCCAGGGAGCUCUUUAUGUAUGUGAAUUCCAUCCAACUCAGCUGGCUUUUGUUGGUGGCAGCACUUUUGGCAGAAUAUAUGCUUUUUUGAUUACGUCAUUCCCACACAACUCCCCACUGCUUAAAGUGUGGAGCACUGGGGGUAAAGAGGAUGUUGAAUUUGAUCUUGUGGCCAGCCUAUAUGUGUACAUCAACUGUAGGUGUGAUGGACAUGUAACUGAAGUAGGUGACACAGCUGGUUUCUUAGAGUGGAGAUUGGAAGCACUGCAAUUGCACUAUAAAUGUCAUGAUGACCAAUUCAGUGUUCACAAUGCACAGUUCAUACAGGUAAAGAGACUCACACCCCUUCAUUAA